GCUGUCUGGCAGGUGAAAGGAAAAGGAACAGGUAGUCAAAACAAAUGGAAAGUUCUCACAGACUCACGCCACCCAGAGUUGGAUUUGAUUGAUUAAAAGCUCUGAGUGGAUUUUAAAACUGGACAGAAGAGGAUGGAAGGUAGUUUUUUUUUCCUUUUUGAGAAAUGGUGUUCCCGCCUUUGGUUUUAACGCUGCAAUCCUCCUUUGAAGAUGGAUCAGCACGUCUGGACAAUCACAGGCAGAAGGGAAGCUGACCAACCAUGAACUCAACCAGCAUGUAGAAGCGAGACCACAGGUCGUCAUGGCGACCCAUUUCCUGCAGAUUCAGACACACAGCAAUAACUCUCACACCGGUGAAGUUCUGCUACCUGGAAGGAAACAUUUAUUCACACUGACAAGAUAAAACCUCAUUCUGCAAGGUUUAAAACAUGCAGUCAGACACUUCAGACUAUGACUACAGUACACAUGAUUACUUAAACGACACGGAUGAUGGGCUGUGCAGCCUGGACCUCCACCCUGUGGAGGUCACCACCAAAACAUACAUCUACUCCAUCAUCUGUGCCUUGGGCCUGAUGGGCAAUGCUCUUGUUAUGGUCACCUACAUAUUCUACAAGAGAACCAAGACGAUGACAGAUGUCUAUCUCUUCAAUGUGGCUGUGGCAGACCUGAUUUUUGUGGUGGCUCUACCGUUUAUCAUAUACAAUGAACAGUACAGCUGGUUAAUGGGCCCUGUGGCCUGUAAGAUUCUGCGGUCAGCCUACAGCAUAAACCUCUACAGCGGCAUGCUGCUGCUGGCCUGCAUUAGCGGCGACCGUUACGUUGCCAUCGUCCAGGCUAGACGCUCCUUUGGGCCUCGCUCACACACUAUGAUCUACAGCCGUCUUAUCUGCUCAGCUGUGUGGGGGUUUGCAGUCGCUUUGACUCUGCCCACACUCAUUUACACCGAGCGCUUUGAAGAGCCCGAUCUAGGAAAUCAGACUUUCACUGUGAUGUGUCAGCUGCAUUUCAUUGAGGGUGACACAGCAAAGCUGAUGAAGGUGAUGGUACCAAGUCUUCAAAUGGCCAUUGGCUUCCUGUUGCCUUUGAUCAUGAUGGUGCUGUUCUACUCCAGCAUCAUGUACACCCUGCUGAGAGCACAGAGCAGCCAGAGGCACAAAGCCAUCCGCGUGGUUUUGGCGGUCGUUGUGGUUUUCAUCGUGUGCCAUCUUCCCUACAACGUGGCUCUGCUGAGCCACACCCUGGAUCUUUUUAAGCAGAGGAGCUGUGAGGCAGAAAAGAUGAAACUCGGAGUCCUGGCCAUUUCCAGAAGCGUAGCCUACCUCCACUGCUGCCUCAACCCCAUCCUCUACGCCUUUGUCGGAGUGAAGUUCAGGAGCCACUUCAGACAAAUAGUGGUGGACCUAUGGUGCUUUAGCAAGAAGUACAUCCACUCUGCUCGAUCGUCUCGUGGGACAUCCGAUUUCUGUGUUUCAGGCUUAAAGUCCUCAGAUGGCUCCAACAACAUGUUGUCGUUCAGUGCGUGACCUGCAGCCAUGCAGGCUGUCCUCUAACCCGAGCUGCAACUUCACUGUAGCAAUACAGUGGAAGGGAUGAAAGCAUCUGUGUAAAAUGCCAAAGGUUUUUAAAUGAAAGCAAAAUGUAGUUUAUAAGAAAUCCAACGUAUCCUGAGUACAUGUUAGCUACCUUCCAUAUAGCAUAGAAUGGAACUCUUUUUCAUGGUAGACUAACAUUCUAACUGAAUGUAACUGAUAUGAUAGAAAACUGAGCUAGAUACAAACAUUUUUAUGACUGUUUUAUUAUUGUACUGGUGUCACCAUCAUGCCAGCCUUUUGUUUUCUUGUUUCUUGUUGCUGUGUAUAAGAUGCUGAGUAAGUCUGUUCAUUUUAAAAAGCUUUACGAUUUUGUAUUUUGUGCAACUACUGAUACUGUUUUGUUACAUUCUGAAUAAACAUUUUGUCUGAAAAAGUG